AUGGCUAGCAGCUCGGUGGAGUCGGUGGUUGAAACCCAUACGCCAGUUGAAUCGCCUCAGAGCAUCACUCUGAUCCCGCAACCCUACAAUGAGCAGCCUCCGCCAAAGCUCAAGGGUAGGCAGAGGCUGCUGGCCGGUCUGCAGCGCAUCUCAUCUAGUCAGUCGGUGAACCGGCUCGGAUCAUCACGGUCGCGGACCUACAGCGGCAAUGGAAAGGCCUCGAUCUCCUGCAUCUCGUUGCAGUCGGCGCAAUCCUUGAAUACGCCAGCUCUGGGGUCAUCGCUUACGCAGGAGCUGGCACUCGGCUACUCAACCGCACCGACUUCAGCUGUCACUACUCCUGGCGCACAGGCACCCUUCAUUGACGAGCGUGCCCGGCUGCGCUAUCUUUCGCUUGCGGACGGCAAGACGUCAGCUGGCAUGCCAGCUGACCUUAGAUCAACAACGAAGUCUGGUCUGUCGUCGGGAAUUACUAAGGUCGACGAAGACUACUUCUCUCGUCCUGUAUCCAAGCCUGUUCAUACCCGUGGUGAUCUGAACUUCUGGCGUGAUCUACCUUCAGAGCUCAAGAUGGAGGUUCUGACCUACCUGCAGCCUCGAGAGGUCAUCCGCUGUUCGGUUGUCUCGAAAGCCUGGCACAAGAUGUGCUUUGACGGGCAACUCUGGGCCAUCCUGGACACGGCAGACUUCUACCAAGACAUCCCAGCAGAUGCUCUUGUUAAGGUAAUAACCUCUGCUGGGCCCUUUGUGCGCGACCUGAAUCUUCGCGGUUGCGUGCAGCUGAGGGAGCGGUGGCACGCUAAGGGCUUGUCAGAUGCCUGCACCAACCUUGAGAACAUCUCGCUUGAGGGCUGUCGUAUUGACCGUACAUCAAUUCACAACUUUUUGUGGUCUAACAGCAGGCUAGUGCACAUCAACGUGUCUGGCCUCGCGGGUGCAACCAACUCCGCCAUGAAGAUCCUUGCCACGAACUGUCCGAAGCUGGAGCACCUGAACGUUUCCUGGUGUAACAAUAUCGAUACCCGGGGUCUAAAGAAGGUUAUCGAAGCUUGCCCGAACCUAAAGGAUCUUAGAGCGGGUGAAGUUAGAGGUUGGGAUGAUCUUGAAGUCAUGCAGCUGUUGUUCGAGUGUAACGCCCUUGAGAGGCUCAUAAUGAUGAACUGCGACACGCUGACCGAUGAGUCGCUGGCGGUGCUCAUUGAGGGAAACGACAGCGAGGUGGAUUACCUCAGUGGCCGCCCCGUCGUGCAGCCUCGGAGAUUGAAGCAUUUAGAUCUUACGAGAUGUCGUGGCAUCAGUGAUACGGGCUUAAGGAGUUUGGUCGGCAACGUACCGGAGCUUGAGGGGUUACAGCUUUCAAAGGUGCCGGGAAUCUUCGACGCAACACUGACCGAACUGCUGCCGACUACACCACUUCUCUCUCAUCUUGACCUGGAGGAGCAUGAGGGUUUGACGAAUGCCGUUCUGCAGUGCCUCGCGAGCGCGCCUUGUGCCAAGCGACUGCGCCAUCUGAGUAUCUCGUAUUGCGAGAACAUGGGCGAUAGCGGCAUGAUUCCACUAUUGAAGACUUGUACAAACCUGAGAAAUCUAGAGAUGGACAAUACGCGCAUUUCCGAUCUUGUCUUGACCGAAGCGGCAGCCAUGAUCCGUCAGCGAGCGCCUCGAACGCUCAUCCAGGGAAAAGCGGCGAGCGAGUACAAGCCACCCACCGGCUUGAGACUGGUGGCUUACGAUUGCCAGAACGUCACAUGGACCGGCGUAAGAGAAGUGUUGUCCCGCAACGCCGAAGUCUUCCCGCGUCCAGACAGUCCUCCACGCAUCCACAUAACCCGUACCUCCUCGUUCCCAUCCGAGAUCAUCCAGCUCAAGUGUUUCUACACCUACCAACCCACGGUCGAAGAGCACACCAAGCGCGUCUUACGAGGCGACUUCGCCGCCGCCAGACGGCUCGAGCGCAAAUGGGCCGAGUUCAUGAUUGCGCAGGAGGAGGCCGGUGCUGCUGGGGCGGGAAGCAGGAGACGGAGGAGAAGAGCAAGGGAGGCGCAGAUGAUGCAUGCGGAUGAGGCGGACGAUGGGGUCGGCCCUGCCAACGGUCCGCUUGGUGCGGGGACCGGGGUGGGUGUGGGUGGCGGGCGCAGGAGGAGGGCGCGGAGUGGAGGGUGUGCUGUUAUGUGA